AUGUACUAGCAAGUCUGGAUCGGAAUUUUCCUCAGCCUGCCAUUUAAACGCCACACAUUAACCGUGGCGCAGCAGGCCGACUGCACGGCAAAAUAUGUAGGCUAGAAGGACACAGAGGACGGCGCGACUCGGUGUAGGCGGGUAAAUGGGAAAUCUGAUGGGCAGUUUGCGCUACAAGGAGCCGAGAACUGUGGAGGAAUGCGACUCGACAUGGGAGUCAGACUCGGAAAGCGACGAGCAGCCGGGUGAUGAGGACAGCGGGAUAUCGGAGUGUGUCAGCCGGUUUGAGACAGGGAGAUGCGGCGAACAGGCGAACAUGUCCCCGAAGCCCUCUGACUCUAAGUCCAGCACCAAGAUGAAGAGGAGUUUUUAUGCUGCAAAGGAUCUUUACAAAUAUCGCCACAGCUACCCGAACUACAAGGCGCCCCGGCUACCUAAUGACUACCACAACCUCCGCUUCUACCUGAACAAGAUCCCUCUAAUACCAGACGGUAUCUUCAUUGAGGAGAUCCUGACCAAAUGGAGAGGCAAUUAUGACAAACUGGAGCACAAUCACACCUACAUACAGUGGCUUUUCCCUCUGAGGGAGCAAGGGCUCAACUUCUAUGCUCAAGAACUCACUCAGGAGGAGAUCAAGGAAUUCCAAAGCACUCGGGAGGCCAAGCGGCGAUUUCUGCUGGCGUACACACUCAUGCUGGAUUUUUACGGGAUCAAACUCCUGGAUAAAAGUGGGAAUGUCGCCCGAGCUUCCAACUGGCAAGAACGCUUUCAGCACCUCAAUGAGUCCCAGCAUAACUAUCUGCGGAUCACACGCAUCCUCAAGUCUCUGGGUGAGCUGGGCUUUGAGGCCUUCAAGGCCCCCCUGGUGCGUCUCCUGCUGGACGAGGCUCUGUGCCGGGGCACCCUGCCCAACAUGCUGCACAGCACCCUAGAGUAUUACGUCUACACCAUCCGCCUCCGCUCCCACCGCCGCAGCCUGCUCCGGUACGCCCGCCAGCACUACCAGCCGGCCAACACCUUCCUCUGGGGGCCCCCGGCCAGGAGAAGAGGAGCUGAGGCAGGGCCAGGAGGCAGGGUGGCAGAACCCACCCCAGAGAGGGAAAGGAGAGGAGGAGACCCCCAUAGGGCUUGUAGUCCACUUCCGAAGAAGGACUCAGUGGGAGGUGGUCGUGGGGGAGGAGAUGGGAAGGGAACCAAGGGCUAUACCGUCUCCACCAAAACCCUCCAGGAGGGGGUGAUGGAGAGGGGUAGGGGGGACAGGGGCAAGUACAUUGAGACUGUUCCACUGUAGGGAGAAUAGUUUAGGGAAGAAGUGGUGUAUGUGUGUCUUGAUGGAUUGGUGGGCGGUUUGGGGGGUUAUUGUAGCAAUACUGGCCAAUGCCAUGUUUUUAUGAACUGAAAAGUCGUAGCUAAGUUGUAGUAGCUAAGUUUAGUAUGCAGCACAAUCUUUAACGUUAAACUACUCUUGCAAUGUUUUCUCUCUUGUCACAAUGUCAUUCUUCCUUUUGUGUAGAUUGACUGCACUUGGUAAUCCACUAAUUGUACAGAACCUUCUAGCCAAGCAGAUCACAUGUAGGGCUUAGCAUACAACAAGCAGCCUGAUCGAUUGGAAGUAUGAAACAAAUAAUCUGAUAGGAUAUGAACAACUGCUUGAAAAGGCAGCUGCUGUUUGGAACCUUGCACCUUUGACAAUCUGUCUUCCUAUAUGAAAUAGCUCUGUUACUUCCUGAGCUGAUCUUUCUGUUGACUGCUGAGCCUGGCGAUGACGGUGAAACUUUGGGUGGCGGAAUCCCAUCUUCCUACACAAAGCCUUUCUGUAGCUUUCCGAGCAGCCAAGCUAGUCAGACGCACAGGCUCAUAUGAGCUUUUCAGGUAUACUGUAAUGUGAUUGAUAAUAUGGGCUCAAGUAUUAACACUGUAGCUAUCAGUGUGUCGAGACUGUAGUGUGUGUGUGUGUGCUAGGCAAUUUGUGUACUACUAUCUGAAGUGCCUCUUUUUCUAUUCAUCUUUUACUGGUUGAUUGUGUGCCAUUAGGGAUGUGUGUGUACUUACCAGUGUUUGUGUUAAAGGGUGUUUUCAGGUAUGAAUGUGGUUAGCUGAUGGGUGUUAGCAAAAAGGUAGGAUUUGUUUUCACAAGGACAGAACGUGACCAUUUCAGUGUACCGGUAUUCUUAUAAACACGCAAAUAACUUGGCGGCAGCUUGACAUAGCUCUUUUUUUGAAUGGCACACAAUUCACAUGAUUCACAGUAACGGGUGACAAUAGCACCUGGCACUUGGGUCCUGAAUCCUGGACCAAUCUAUUGGGGACGUGCAAGACUUUAAUUGGAUCCGAAUCCAGGAUGGUGAUAUGCCUGUUUUUUUUUUUAUUGGGAAAAGAAAAUGCAUAACUGUUGAGUGUAUGUAGAUACAAAUAAGCAUUUAUAUUAAAGCCUAUACACAA